AUGUUGUUCACCUGCAUGAGCACGAGGGCAGUGCACAUCAAAGUCAUCGAGUCCAUGGACACCUCCAGAUACAUCAAUGCCCUCAGGAGUUUCUUCGCCAUCUUUGUCACAUACAUUACAUCCGUGUCAAGUGAUGCCACUACUCCCUCAACUACACCAACACCCACUUCAAGUGACGCCACCACUCACUCAACUACACCAACACCCUCUUCAAAUGACGCCACCACUCACUCAACUACAUCAACAGUCACUUCAAGUGAUUCCACCACUCACCCAACUACAUCAACAGUCACUUCAAGUGAUGCCACCACUCCCUCAACUGCAUCAACAGUCACUUCAAGUGAUUCCACCACUCCCUCAGCAGUCACUUCAAGUGAUGCCACCACCACCUCAACUGCAUCAACAGUCACUUCAAGUGAUUCCACCACUCCCUCAGCAGUCACUUCAAGUGAUUCCACCACUGCCUCAACAGUCACUUCAAGUGAUGCUACCACCUCAACUAUAUCAAUAGUCACUUCAAGUGAUGCCACCAAUCCCUCAACUGCAUCAACAGUCACUUCAAGUGAUUCCACCACUCCCUCAGCAGUCACUUCACGUGAUGCCACCACCACCUCAACUAUAUCAACAGUCACUUCAAGUGAUUCCACCACUCCCUCAACUACACCAACGCCCACUUCAAGUGAUUCCACCACUCCCUCAACUACACCAACACCCACUUCAAGUGAUGCCACCACUCCCUCAACUGCAUCAACAGUCACUUCAAGUGAUUCCACCACUCCCUCAACAGUCACUUCAAGUGAUGCUACCACCUCAACUAUAUCAAUAGUCACUUCAAGUGAUGCCACCAAUCCCUCAACUGCAUCAACAGUCACUUCAAGUGAAUCCACCACUCCCUCAGCAGUCACUUCAAGUGAUGCCACCACCACCUCAACUGCAUCAACAGUCACUUCAAGUGAUUCCACCACUCCCUCAACUACACCAACGCCCACUUCAAGUGAUUCCACCACUCCCUCAACUACACCAACACCCACUUCAAGUGAUGCCACCACUCCCUCAACUGCAUCAACAGUCACUUCAAGUGAUUCCACCACUCCCUCAACAGUCACUUCAAGUGAUGCUACCACCUCAACUAUAUCAAUAGUCACUUCAAGUGAUUCCACCACUCCCUCAACUACACCAACUUCAAGUGAUGCCACCACUCCCUCAACUGCAUCAACAGUCACUUCAAGUGAUUCCACCACUCCCUCAACUACACCAAUGCCCACUUCCAGUGAUUCCACCACUCCCUCAACUACACCAACACCCACUUCAAGUGAUGCCCCCACUCCCUCAACUGCAUCAACAGUCACUUCAAGUGAUUCCACCACUCCCUCAGCAGUCACUUCAAGUGAUGCCACCACCACCUCAACUAUAUCAACAGUCACUUCAAGUGAUGCCACCACCACCUCAACUAUAUCAACAGUCACUUCAAGUGAUUCCACCACUCCCUCAACUACACCAACGCCCACUUUUAGUUAUGCCACCACUCCCUCAACUACACCAACACCCACUUCAAGUGAUGCCACCACUCCCUCAACUACACCAACGCCCACUUUUAGUUAUGCCACCACUCCCUCAACUACACCAACACCCACUUCAAGUUAUGCCACCACUCCCUCAACUACACCAACACCCACUUCAAGUGAUGCCACCACUCCCUCAACUGCAUCAACAGUCACUUCAAGUGAUUCCACCACUCCCUCAGCAGUCACUUCAAGUGAUGCCACCACCUCAACUAUAUCAACAGUCACUUCAAGUGAUUCCACCACACCCUCAACAGUCAAUUCAAGUGAUGCCACCACUCCUUCAACUACGUCUACAGUCACUUCUAGUUAUGCCACCACUCCCUCAACAACAUCAACAGUCACUUCAAGUGAUUUCACCACUCCCUCAGCAGUCAUUUCAAGUGAUGCCACCACCUCAACUAUAUCAACAGUCACUUCAAGUGAUGCCACCACUUCCUCAACUACAUCAACACCCACUUCAAGUGAUGCCACCAAUCCCUCAACUACAUCAACACCCAGUUCAAGUGAUUCCACCACUGCCUCAACAGUCACUUCAAGUGAUGCCACCACCACCUCAACUAUAUCAAUAGUCACUUCAAGUGAUGCCACCACUCCCUCAACUGCAUCAACAGUCACUUCAAGUGAUUCCACCACUCCCUCAGCAGUCACUUCAAGUGAUGCCACCACCACCUCAACUGCAUCAACAGUCACUUCAAGUGAUUCCACCACUCCCUCAGCAGUCACUUCAAGUGAUUCCACCACUGCCUCAACAGUCACUUCAAGUGAUGCUACCACCUCAACUAUAUCAAUAGUCACUUCAAGUGAUGCCACCAAUCCCUCAACUGCAUCAACAGUCACUUCAAGUGAUUCCACCACUCCCUCAGCAGUCACUUCACGUGAUGCCACCACCACCUCAACUAUAUCAACAGUCACUUCAAGUGAUUCCACCACUCCCUCAACUACACCAACGCCCACUUCAAGUGAUUCCACCACUCCCUCAACUACACCAACACCCACUUCAAGUGAUGCCACCACUCCCUCAACUGCAUCAACAGUCACUUCAAGUGAUUCCACCACUCCCUCAACAGUCACUUCAAGUGAUGCUACCACCUCAACUAUAUCAAUAGUCACUUCAAGUGAUGCCACCAAUCCCUCAACUGCAUCAACAGUCACUUCAAGUGAAUCCACCACUCCCUUUACAUCAACAGUCACGCAAAGUGAUGCCAUCACUACAUCAACAGUCAAUUCAAAUGAUGCCACCACUCCCUCAGCUACAUCAACAGUCACUUCAAGUUAUGCCACCACUCCCUCAACUACACCAACACCCACUUCAAGUUAUGCCACCACUCCCUCAACUACAUCAACAGUCACUUCAAGUUAUGCCACCACUCCCUCAACUACAUCAACAGUCACUUCAAGUUAUGCCACCACUCCCUCAACUACACCAACACCCACUUCAAGUUAUGCCACCACUCCCUCAACGACAUCAACAGUCAUUUCAAGUGAUAUUACAUCAACAUUCAUUACAAGUAAUGCCAAAACCCCCUCAACUACAUCAACACCCACUUCAAAUGAUGCCACCACUCCAACAGUCACUCAAAGUAAUGCCAUCACUCAGUCAACUACAUUGACAGUUACUUCAAGUGAUACCACCACUACUACAUUGACUUCAAGUAAUAUUACAUCAACACCCAUUUCAAGUGAAGACACCACUCCCUCAACUAUGUCUACAGUCACUUUAAGUGAUUCCACCACUCCCUCAACUACAUCAACAUCCACUUCAAGUGAUGCCACCACUCCUUCAACUAUGUCUACAGUCACUUUAAGUGAUUCCACCACUCCCUCAACUACAUCAACAUCCACUUCAAGUGAUGCCACCACUCCUUCAACUACGUCUACAGUCACUUCAAGUGAUGCCACCACUCCCAAUGCUACAUUGACAGUCACAAUGUCAGAAACUCUGGUGAAUGUCAUCAGGCUGGAGAAUGCCACCAGUAUGUUAAUCAGUGUGAGUUGGACAGGUAUUAACCUGGACCAGCAAAUACAGUACAAGGUGAAGCUGGAGUCUGGUUCAAACUCAAUCCAGAGAGUUUCCCAGAUAUCAACGGCCCCGGGAGAAGGCUGGAAAGUGGCGACCAUAGUCCUGGGAGUUCUGUUGGGCUUGAUUUUGUUAGUCGGGGUUGUCGUUCUGAUCAGCACCACAGUGAGGAGAGCAACUAGCAAGCUGACCUCAUACAACCUCCAGCACACAGAGCACAACAGACAGGUGGUGUCCAAUGACUAUUUACAAGGAUGUUAUUCUUACCAGAUGUAG